AUGCUGCGCUACGCCGUUCUGCUUGUGGCCCUUGUGGCAUCCGCUAGCCUGACUGAGGGCCUGCAAACUAGAGCCUGCGGCUCAGUACAUCAUCCAUCUCGAGUCGAAAUCAGUGGAUGCACGGAGAUGCCCUGCAAUUUGAUCCGCGGCAGCGAUGUUUCGAUGGAGCUUGACUUCGUAUCACCACGCGCAUCCACGACACUGCAUUACGAAGUGAUCGCGACCGCUCUUGGUAUCACUGCAGCCUACGAGCUGCCGGCAGACCGUGCUAACGCCUGCAACUGGCUGUCGGGAUCAGCUUGUCCCAUCAGCCAGAAUGAGGACAUCACUGCCACGCUCAGCAUGCCGGUACUGCCGAUCUAUCCACUUGUCAGUCUUCAGAUUCAGCAUUGCAACUGCAGUAGCAAGGUUCUCAGCGUCGACGUACCGUUCCCACAACCGCCAGUCAAGAUGAUCCGUGCCCUGCUGCUGAUUGCCCUGGUACCGGCCCUCGCGUACGCCAACGUUGGCCGUGCCUGCACCGGUGGUCGUCCGCAGGCCACCAACGUAAUGAUUGAGGGCUGCACCGCUCCACCCUGUGAUCUGGUCCGUGGUCAGAAUGUCAUCGCCUACAUCGACUUCACGACCGAUCGUUUCGUCGCUGAAAUGACCACUAUUCCGACGGCGACGGCUCUCGGAGUGACCGCUCCCUACCCACUGCCGGGUGAGUUCGCCGAAACCUGCCGAUGGCUGGAGGGUACGAGCUGCCCGUUGAGCCCGAACGAGGAUGUCACCUACCGUCUGACGAUCCCGGUCCUAUCGAUCUACCCACUGGUCAGCCUUAGCAUCGAAAUCGAUAUCGUCGAUGAGGCGGGCGACAGCGUUACCUGUUUCGUGGUUGACGCACAGGUUGUUCCUGCUGGACGCGCCCUAAAGAACUAA